AACCGAGAAGAGGGAGGUGCGGGAGGUGGAGAAGUGCAACAACAACGUCGUAGCUCGUCUCUAUCGUUCCCGAUGGUUGCCGUCCGGUAGGCCCUGCCAGGAGGAUGGGGGCCCACGAUGGGGGAGUGCCACUGCUCUAACAUCACUAUCAUGCAGCUGUUCCACGAGCUGAAGCAGCAGUUCCCCGCGCUCCCUGAUCACGUCGUCUCCCAGUGCAUCGCCCAGAACAGUCACGACCGGGAGACAUGCGCGAGAAGCCUGCGGGCCACCCAGGAGUCCCGUCCGUCACCGGGCGCGUUUCCACCGCCGGCUCCCUGUGCCGGGGUGCAGCAGCCGCAACAACUACCACCACCACCACCACCACCACCACCACAACAACAACAACAACAACAACCACAACGAGAGCAGCAACUCGUGUCGCAGCAACGUUACCGCACGAUGAACCAAACGAUCGCGAGCAAAGUCGGCAUUGGGCGUCCCCAUCGACCGGCGUCGUUGGACAUCGGUAUGACCCAUCGCUACCCCCUCGUAGGCUGCACCCGCACCGCUGCCGCCGUCGCCGUUUCGGCCGCGACGCCGGUGUCGUCGUCCGGCGGCAUCGCCACCCCCUCGUCCGCGCCGGCCGCCUGCACGUCGCGCGGCUUCUUCGACGACGGUUACAUCGUCAAUAGCAACGGCAGCAAUGGCUUCGAGCUCAAUGUCAACGUCGCCUGCAGCCCCGCGGGCAAUCGCGAUUUUCGAACGGCACCGACGAUUGGUGCCUGUAAACGAAGCGACCUCGUCGUCGUGCCACGACCUCAUUACGCCGAGCCUCUGUUAGCCAUCGGGAAGUCCGAGGCGCAGAUCGAUCACACGCGAAGUUACACGUCGGUCAGCUUGACCCUCCGGCCACCCUCAUCCGAGCCGCAACCCCCGAUCGAUAUCAGGUCGGAAGGAUCGAGCCUAACUUACUCGACCUCGUCCUUGGAUCCGCGUGGCUUUCAAAGUCGUCUGCAGAUCAGCAUCGGUCCUGGAAACGUCGGUAGUGUCGCGGCGGCGAGGAUCAGACCGCCGAUGACUAAGCCGCACAUACUGCCGCCGUGGACUCAAAGCCCACUGCGGUCGCCUGAACUUCCGCCAGAACCGCCAAGUCAAUUGCCAAGGCUCACGACGACGAUGAGCGCGUCGACUACACCCUCCAUACCGCCGCCGACGCCGACGACGACGACGACGACGAAUAUCGUCCCAGGUUGCAGCCUUCCAACGACGCCGUCCGGGCCCACGACGAGCAGCGUCGCGCCGACUCCCACUACCGUCGCCUCUUUUUCCUCCCACGAGGAUCACACAGACUCCAAUCGGAACCGAUCGCUGUUGUGCCAAGUGGAGGAGCACCAAAAGAAAUUAAUCGCGGAGCAACUGGCUAGGAAGGAGAGGCUCGCCAGAGAGCUACGAGCCGAGAAGGGACGGCUCGAAACAAUGAAGAAGGAGGUGCAGGCAUUAUCACGACCAGUGGAUCCCUCGAUGUCCCCUCAAGAACUGAAGAGAAAGCUGAGGAGCGAAAUAUAUAUGCUGCAGGUUGAGUGCGACAGAUUGGCUGACGAAGUCGAUCAGUGGUCAGACAGACGAGUACCAUUGGGCGAAACCAACGAGGAGUUUUAUCAGGGCAUUUAUACGGGUCAGUCGUUACCAACGAGACCGCUGAAUCCGCAACCGCCGCGUUUACCGAGUCAACCUCCGGCGUGGCGGCCGGAACAGCCAACGAUGGUUACGAGUGACAACGACCGGGAGGAACGAGACGAGCCUUCGUGGGUCUGCACCAUGUGCACUUUCGACAAUCAUCCACUGAUGAACAAGUGCGAAGAGUGCGACAUGCCGAGACUAUUGAACCGCGGCAGUGCAGGGGAGACGCAAGAUAUUCACAUACGAGUAACGCAUCACCACAAUUUUUCGCCAAGGCGUGAGUAUACUUUAUAUCGAUGGUUUCAUUCAAACGAAAUCGAUAUUUUUGAUGAAUAUAACAGCUGUCUGCAAAAAUAAUUACGACAUAUUACUUUUUCAGAUAUAGUACACAGUUGGGUGGUAUGACGCGAACUGAAUUAGAAGGUUUUAAAGAAUUGUACAUAUAAAAAAUUUUAUUUAAAUUAAAUGAACAAAUUUCGUAGGACUAAGCGAUUGUAAUAGAGAACAUAUGUGACUAAUGUAAUGAUGUAACUUAAUUUUUUAUUUAUGAUUAGUGCGUACCGCAUUAUUAGAAUCGUUAACUAGUUCUUCGUUAUCCGAGACGAUUAGAUUUCUUUUCUCGCGAGACAAUUUUUACGGAUCUAUCUUUAGAUUUUUCGCGUACCGCAGAGCAAUAGACAUCGUCAGUAAGAACAGCUAAAGAUAUAUUCGACAAAACAUCGCAAAAUUCUUAUUUGUAUAAAUAUCAUCGUAUCAUAGUACAUAAAAUACAAGUAUUGUGAUAAUUUA